AUGAGAACUGGACCGGGAGUGCACUAUCCCAUUAAAUGGGUAUAUAUCCGUAAAAAUUUCCCCCUCAGAGUUAUCGAAGAAUUCGAAAAUUGGAAAAAAGUCUGUGACAUUGGUGAAGAUUGUGGAUGGAUAAAAGGCACUCUAUUAAGCAAUAAACGUUAUGUGGUAAUCAAGGAAGACGCUUUUGGUUACAAAAAACAAAGUAUAGAUAGCACAAUUGCUAUGAAACUAGAUAAAUUUGUUACUAUGGGAAUAGAAAAAUGCAGUGAAGAUAAGUGUCUAUUAGUUGCUUCAAAACGCAAAGUAUGGGUACAAAAGGAAUUUAUAUGGGGAAUAGAAUAAACUAUCUUGCUUAUUUGUAUCAUAAAAGGGAACGAUGAUUUUAGCCGCAAAAAUGCUUUUAACUUCUUCUUUCGUCUUUGGUUUUGCCCUUCUUCCUUACUUCAUCAGCUUUUUUAAGCAAGCAAGCAAGGAUGGACAGCCAAUUAGAUCAUACGGGCCUGAAAGGCAUAUUAUGACAAAAAAGAACACACCAACCAUGGGUGGAAUAGUAAUAUUAUUUUCUGCUUUAUUGCCGAUCCUACUUUUGGUGCAGUUAACACCAAAAAUUUUGUUACUGAUAUUCAUAACUUUAUCUUUUGCUUUACUUGGUUUUUUUGAUGAUUAUCUAAAAUUAAAAGCAAAGAGCCAUCAAGGUUUAAGCGCGAAAACAAAAAUCCUUAUUCAAUUUUUUGUUGCGGUAAUUGGUAUGCUGGUACUUAAGAUGUACUCCACUGAUGACUUUACAAAGAUAUAUGUAUUUAAGGAAACAAUUAUUGAUAUUAGUUAUAUGUAUAUUCCAUUUGCUGCGUUUGUAAUAGUAGGUACUUCUAAUGCUGUAAAUCUAACAGAUGGAUUGGAUGGUCUUGCUGCAACACAGGCAAUAACUUCUUUUGCUUCUUUGGGAUUAGUUGCAUACUUAAUGCAAGAAGAUAGUAGCGUUAUCUUAUUCUGCAUUGCUUUCAUAGGAGCAAUUUUAAGUUUUCUGUGGUUUAACUCGCAUCCAGCAAGAAUAUUUAUGGGAGAUGUUGGGAGUCUAGGAAUAGGUGCGGCUUUAGGUUUA